AUGUCUUCAUUAUCAGACGCAGAUUCUCUCUGUCAACAUGGGGAUACAAUCUGUGGUGAGUCUUACCAGGAGUUUUGCUCACUAACUUUGUUUGACCUUCGGAGGAUUUGUUAUGGUGCAAUCAAGCUGACAGAUAAGCAGAAAACACAGAUUGUACACUCAAACACAUCUGGUUCUUCCAGAUCUGUGUAUCUAAGACCUGCUGUUGGUAAGAGAUUGCGUGUAUGUGUGUGUACCUGUUUGCAGAGAUCCGUGUGUAUGAGCAGGAGGUGAUCAUUGUCCCCAUCCUGCUGCUGGCCAGCUUCCUGGUCACAGUGGUCUUCAUUUUCCUGCUGCGAUUCUGUCCUGAGAGAGUCGAUAAGAUCCGUCCACAGAGCUCAAAGCCGAACACCAGGAGGGUGCUGCACGGCAUUGAUGGUAGGACUUUAAAAAAGACGGAAAUGUGCAACUUGUUAUUGAAAUCAAUCAAAGCAUACCAUACAUUUCUACCAGGGUAAGAAUUGUCAGGAAAGAAUCAGGAAGCCCUCUUGGAUUCUGCUUUCUCAAAAAAUGUUCAAAACUAAAUGUUUCUCUUGUUUUUUUCUUUUUAACCAAUAACCUGUUUUUAUUUUCUGUAAAAUGUCAUUGCUUUUAAGAUGUAGCCCUUUGAGGUCGCUUGAUUGUAAAGGGCAUUACAAUUAAAAUGUAUUAUUAUUGUUGUAAUAAAUGUAGGGCAGAUCAGUUUACAAAUUCGUCUUUGUAUUAAAAUGAUGGUUUUCUUGGCGUUUUUAAAAACUGUCCUUACUUCCCAAGUGUGUUACUCCUCUUUAAAAACAAACUUGGCUUCGAACCUGAAUCAUCCGCCUGUUAUUUUAAGAGAGUAAAACCCUGCCAUGGACGAUCCUACAUUCAAAACAAACAAAAAGCAGAAUAAUUUCACAUGUACUUUUAGACACAAAUGUAAAAAUCUGUCACAAUAAUCACUCAAAAAUUUUUAAAAAUCUUCCAUAUAUUGUUAGACAGAUUUUUUUUUGCAAAUUCUUUCAUCGCAAAUAUCCUGAAUAUAAUCAUCUUGUAAUUGUUCCACUAACUGCAGGAGUUUAUAUCUUGUGUUUUUAUGGUUUUAAAUCUUAAAAAAAAAAGAUUGACUUGGUGUUUUACACUGAUAGAUUGUUUAUAGAUGAAACUGCUCUCAGCACAGCACAGACACAUGAUUUUAUUUGCCUACUCUUAUGUAAAUGCUCUCAUGAUCUCUGAUGAUACCCUUUCUCUCUCUCUUCUCUCUCCUCUUCCCUUCACUCUCUCUCUCUCUCUCUACAGCUCCACCUGGUAUCAACGUCCUAGAGCAUGAAAGCAUUGCCCUGGAUGUACCAAGUUCCUACUCCACCUUCAAUCCCCCUAACUCUUACCCCUCCAAAAACCUAACCACGCCUGUGGUGGCUCCUACCUUCACGCCCAGCCCCCCUCAGCAGACCUUCCAGCCUAGUUUUACUCCUGUGGUCCAGCCCAGAGAGUUGCCCCGUCAGAGACUGCCUGAGUCCUUCAACCUGGUUUCUCCACUACCUGCUGCCUUCUCCCUGCGCUCCGACUCCUCUGUGUCCCUCUACAGGGCCCGCAUGGAGAACAGGAAUGUGGUGCUGAGAGUCCUGAAUGGUGAGAUGGUUAGAUUUAGAUUUCAUGGAAGUUUUGUGGAAGGAGCCUCACAUCUGAUUUACCUCUUCAUGCUUGUCUCCCUCUUCUUCUUGCUGUUCGCAGACUCGGCUGAUGCGAAUGAAAGACACAACUUCCUGGGCUUUGCAUCCUUCUUGGCCCAGCUUGGACCACAUCCCUUUCUACCAGAGCUUCUUGGUGUGGUCUCACUUCGAGCUCCUCUGGUUACUGUCGUAGAGGAGAUGGAGAACAGAGACUUACUCGGCUACCUGUGGCGAUGCAGACAGGUAGAUUUGUAACAAAACUAUGAUGGUGCAAUGUGAGCUCAAUUUAAACAUCAAGUCGUGAAUAUAAAGCAGAAAGAGGCUUUCACAAGGAGUUACAGAGUGACUUGUGUUUUUUUUUUUUCUUUCAGGAACAUCUGAAUCCACCCUGUGAGAUGACAGAGAGGAGAAUAUUUACCAUGGCCAAACAGGUGGCUUCAGCUCUGGUUAGUCCACUAAUAAAUAUGUCCUUAUCUUUGUAGACAGUGUUUGACUUUCACAUUACAGACAAAUCCAGAUACUACCUCUUGUUGACAGAGUCUCACUCAGUACUUCACCAGGCAAUGAGAGGCUCAUACAGUGAAAAUCUAAACUCAAUUUAAGGCUACGUUGACAUUCAAAUGAUCACCUCUUGUCUUUUUUCUAAAUCAGGAGUUCCUUCACAGUAAAGAUCUCCUCCAUGGUAACAUCCGCGCCCGCAGCGUGCUGGUCAGCAGGGAGCACACGGCCAAGCUUUGGGGUCUUCACGGGGUCUACACAAGGAAGAACCAGGGGGCCACUCAGAAAGAUGACCCCAGCAUGAAGAAGUGGCAGGCACCGGAGCUGUUAGUCAGGAAACCUGCCAGUCAGAGCAGCGACAUGUGAGUUUUUCUAUAAGAUUCUCUUAAGUUCACAUCCUUAGAGUCAGGAGAUGCAGUUCGUUUUACUCCUCGAGUUUAUUGCUGAUAGUUCAUGCUGAAUACAGGAGCUAAUGAUUGUUUUGCUGUUUAUUUUUCUCUAGAUGGUCAUUUGGCAUCUUGCUGUAUGAAAUGGCAACGCUGGGUAAGUUAAAGUUUGACUCUUGGGGAAGAAAGUUAUGAAUAACAAUUAAAACUUUAAUAAAUAAUGUGUAUUCUCAGUGACUCUGUGUACCUUACUGUCAGAAUAUUACCCAUAUCAUUUGUGGCGCUGACAAAUGAGUUCAAUGUCUCUUGUUUUUGGCGGCAGUAGCUCAGGAGGUAGAGCGGUUGUCCAAUAACUGGAAGGUUGGCAGUUCAAUUCCCCCCUAUCCAUAGUCUGUCCGUUGUGUCUUUGUGUCUUUUGUGACACUUAACCCACCUUGCUCCUAGUGGGUGUCCUCCACUGGUGUAUGAUUGUGAGUGAUGUUUGGUGGUGGUCAGAAAAGCCACAUACUGGCUGCCACACUUCUGUCAGUCUGCCUCAGGGCAGUUGUGACGACUAAGGUAGUUUACCACCACCACAGUGUGACUGUGUGAGCGAAUGAAUGAUGUAUCCAAUGUAAAACACUUUGAGGGUCUCUGAUAAAGCGCUAUAUGAAAUCUGAUGCAUUACUUUCUUUAUUGUUGUUGUUGUUGGUGAAGGCACUGGAAAAAAAACUGCUCCAAAACAAUAUUAGCUUUUUUUUGAAACAUUGGAUUUUCAGAAUUUUUGAUUCAGUGUGACACAUUAAAGCAAAGAUAAAAACAUUUCAGCUAUUUGAUUUCCAUAGUUACUCUAAAAAAAUCUAACUAUUCUGCCCACAUUCAACCUAUAAGGUUUUACAGACAAGUACUUUUUAUCUUUUAUCUACACAUUCACUUCGUUUUUUUCCUCUCAAGGUGAAGCUCCUUUCGCUGAAGUCCCUGUUAAUGAACUUCUGCAGUUUCACCAACGAGGGAAAAGUCUGAAAAAACCUUCAAACUGUUCCAACACGCUGUAAGAAUCCACCGCAAGUCUCACAAAACACCCCAGCUCAAAAAUGAAGCAGCUUUUUCCCUUAAAAAGAGAUUUCAAAAAACUCAGACUCUUUUUAUCUGUCCCUUAGACACUCCAUCAUUAAGGGCUGCUGCCAGUGGAAGGAUCAAGAUCGACCCUCUCUGGCUGAGGUGAGCCGUAAACUGGUCUCUGGAGAGAAAAGUGCGCCGGACAAAAUACUGAAGGCAUCAGGGCCAGUGAUGAUUGAGCAGUAUCUGCAGGAAGCUGGAUACGGAGAAAGUAACAGCUACACCGUUUUCUGA